AUGUCCGUCAAGACCCCUCCCAUCAAAGACCUGCUCGAGGUCACCGAGGACCAGGAGAAUGGCCUCACCUUUAUGAAGAACGUCUCCAUCCCACUCAAGGACUCGCCGCUCCCCAUUCGCGCAAACGUCUACCUCCCGCUCACUUCGGACAAGGCCGCCCGCUACCCUGUCCUGGUGACCUAUGGACCAUAUGGCAAAGAUAUCCCCUAUGCCAAGUUCUAUCCCAAGUCGUUCAGCGAGGUUGCGCCGGACCAGAGAUCCAAAUACUCGGCCUGGGAGACGCCCGAUCCGGUCUUCUGGACGAGUCAAGGCUAUGCUGUCGUUCGCGCCGACGAGCGAGGAUUAGGCCAGAGCCCAGGACUGCUGGAUACAAUGAGCCGUGGCACAAGCGAGUGCUUCUUUGACGUUGUCGAGUGGGCCGCAGAUCAGCCCUGGUCCAACGGCAAGGUCGGUCUGUUGGGCAUCUCGUAUUACGCUGGUUCUCAAUGGCGCGUUGCCGCUCGACGACCCAAGGGUCUCGCGGCUAUCAUACCCUGGGAGGGUAUGUCCGACUACUACCGCGACCGCUGCCGUCACGGCGGCAUCCACUCCAACAAGUUUAUUGGCUUCUGGUGGAACCGCCAGGUACUGGUAAAUCAAUUUGGCAGGAAGGAUAGGUCUAAGCUGGAUUUCCCUCCCGAUGGUCCUGGGGCCAGAGGUCAAGAGGACACCAUCGAGGGUGAUCUACCAGAAGACGUCCUGGUAGCCAACCGCCAAGAUCAGACAAAGGACAACGAGGCCAACCGUUUCCGCGAUGACGACUACUACGCAAGCAAAGAAUACAAGCUUGAAGACAUUGAGGUCCCUGUUCUCAGCGUAGCCAACUGGGGUGGUAUCCUUCUGCACCUGAGAGGAAACGUGCAGGGCUACCUCGGAGCAGGCUCCCAGCUCAAGUACUUGCGCUUCAUCACUGGUCGUCACGAUCUCCCCUUUUACUACCCCGAGGAAGUGGAGCUGCAAAAGAGUUUCCUCGAUGCGUUCUUGAAGGGUGAAGACAGAGUCGGCUGGAGCACGCCUGGCAAGGUGCCUCCCGUGACGCUCACUCUACGAAAGGGCAACGUCGGGUUCAACGACGCUGAGAAGGAGAAGGCGUACCCCAAGAGAGAAGAGACAGCCUGGCCAAUCCCACGCACAGAGUACACCAACUUCUAUCUGACGCCUGACCUUGGUCUGACGACAAAUGGCUCCGGCCAGGAUUCUAAGACUGUCUCGUACAAGGCCCUAGGGUCCCUGGAGAAUCCUCAAGUCGUUUCCUUCACGUCCGCUCCCUUCGACCAAGAGACGGAGAUCACAGGCCACGUCACAGCCCAUCUCAACGUCUCGGUAACGCCCGACAACUCGGGAAAUGAAACCGAUAUCGACCUCUUCGUGACCCUGCGUCACAUCGACCCAUCGGGUCAGGAAGUCUUUUACACCGGAACAGCUGGCGACCCCGUGCCGCUCGUCAAGGGCUGGCUGAGAGUGAGCAACCGUAAGGUGCACGACGAGAGCCCUAAGCACAAGUCCUGGUUGCCGCAUAGAGAGUACCUUUCCACAGACGUGCUGCCGGUCAAGGCUGGAGAGGUCUACGGCGUAGACGUCGAGGUCUGGCCGACAAAUGUCGUUGUCGACAAGGGCGGUAAGAUCGUCUUUGAGGUUAGCAGCGGCGACACCCAGGGCAGCGGAAUCUUCCAGCACUGCUCAGAAGUUGACCGGCCUGCAUCCAAAUUUGCUGGAUUAAACAAUAUUCAUUUUGGCCAAGGCCUCGAGAACUAUGUCACUUUACCCGUGAUUCCUCAGAAGUAG